GUAUAAUCAAAGAAACAUACUCUUCUUUUGCGGGUUUGAUUCAUCUCCUUUCUACCUCCAAGUCUUUCUCUGCCAACUUAAUUAAAAGUCCUUGAAAGUGACUCCAUUAAAUGUAAAGGAAAUUCACCAGAAAAUAUUGGGCAUUGUAUAGUUGUAUCCACAGAAGUCUCUUUCUUUUCCUACAAGAUAGAGAGAAGUAGAAACUUUGAAUGAUAAUCCAUUUGACAGUGGAUGAAAUCUGUCAGUUCCUUUCCAUUAUUGGGUUCAUUAAAUUCUCAUUUUGUAAUAAAAUUUUUUUUUACAUUUGGUUAGGUAGUCCUGGAUCCAUUACCCUUCGGGAUCCAAAGCCAAAAUUGGAAAAGAAAGUAAGAAGGAAAUAAGAAAAGAGAUACUUGGUCUUGCAAGAAAUGGUCAAUCAAGUAUAAGGUUUUUGUCUGAUUUUGAUCAUUGGUUUCCGGUUUUGGGCCAAGGGAUCAAAUUAAAAUAACAUUAUGCCAAGAUUUUACUAUUAUUUUAUAUAUUUCAUUGCUUGUAUGUUUUAGAUCUGAGCUAAGGCAUUAAGGAGGCCUGUUGUCUCUGACAAAAAGUCCUCCUUAAUAAAAGCAUAUCAGAGGUAGAUUUGCAGCUCACAACAGAUAGCUGACACCCCUCCAAAGACUCGGGGGUGUUAGAAUCUGGGCAGUGGAAUCAGAGUAGGUAUCAUAAAAGAUUCCCUUUUCCCAUUUAUUUUUUCCUCGAUGAAGAGUAAAAUGUAACUAGAUUAUUGGGUUUUCGUUAUUUUGCUCGAAGAAUCAGAGUGAUCACAAGGGUUUUGGUGUAGUGCUAGAAAUAUGGAUGAUUUUCCGAAGGUUUUGUGUGGGUGGAGCUGGGAGGAGAACAAAUUGUUUGAGCUGGCUUUGGCAGUGGUUGAUGAACAGGACCCAGAUCGGUGGGAAGUGGUUGCAGCCAUGGUCGGGGGAAAGAAGAGUGCAGAGGAUGUGCAUAAACAUUAUGUGAGCCUUUUGGAGGAUUUGCAGGUUAUAGAAUCUGGUAAGCUGGACCAUAAACUGGGGGAACCUCAGCCUUAUCAUCAAGUUGAUUGCUCUCAAUCCAUAUGCUGGAGUGAUGGAGAUAACAACUUGCUCGUUCGAUUAGAUAUAAACUGAUCUCUGGAACCGACGGGCUAUUUACAAGAGAACACAUAGCCUGCCUGAACAGAGCUGCUAGUUAUAGUUAGUGCAUCUGUUUCAAGUUUUAUCCGUAGUUUGCGAAGGUAAUCAAUCAAUCUCUUCUUUCUAACACUGAUGGAAGUUGUCUCCUGUCCAUGAAAUUGCUAGCAAGCCAGAAAGACUCAAUUUCCAAUUCCAAACUGUGAAUAGCAGAAAUUGGUUUAAAGCAUUGUUUAUCAA